AUAGUUGGAUUGCUUUGCCUUGGCGUAUCUGCUUUGGGUGAUAAAGAAUGAAGCUAAGCGAGUCAAGAGGCGAAACAGAGAAGCACAGGCGACAACAACAUUUCGAGCACGAGCUUAAGAACAUGAUCUCUUCCUUAACCCACAUGGGAGGAGAUAAGGCAGGACCUAGCCAAUACGAUGAAGAGGAAGAUGGUAUCAGAGUCAUCACACUUUCUGGAUCCAACCUUGGAGCCACCAUGAAGACCGAGCUUGACAACAAUCAUGGAGACAGAGACCAAAAUGGCGACCACGAGCUUGAUUUCCUAAGCACUUAUGUUAAUAGCAACUUCCAAGCUGUGAACAACUCGAUUAUGAUAGGGGCCAAGUACGAGACUCAUGAUCCUGGCGUUCAUCUUGACAUUUCGGGCGAUGUGGAGAAACCUUCGGUGAAGAUACCUGCGAGGAGUUCAAGGGGAAAGAAGGGUAAGACUCCUGCCAGAAGUGACCGUCGAGAAUCUGAACAUACUAAUUGAAUGGUAUGGUAUAUUCAUGGAUCAGUGUUAAUUCUCUUUUUUUAUUUUCUUGUCUUGCCUUCUCUAAAUAAUCAGAGAAGUGGUGCAUGCCAAAGCACUUUACUUUCUCUUCGAGGUUGUUGUUUUCGCUUGCGCUUCUUAUUAUCAAACAUGUUCUAUAUAUAGUCUAUUCUCAAUAUAAAUAAAUGUAUGAAGCAUGGUGUGGUCGAUCCUCUUUGAUAUGAUUAUUUGGUUGAUGAGGGAAUGUAGAGGCCAUACCUUGUCCAAAAAAAAUCAAACUCUUUCAGACCUCAAUUGUAUUUUACUGGAAAUCAAAGAAACUAAGCUGAGCAUAGG